CGUUUGCGAUUUGACAGAACUUGAGUCGUGAUCACCAGGCUGAGCCGUGGGUGGAUACAGCCUUCCCUAUUUACCUUCCUCCUGGCUGGGAUGACAGUCGUGUCAGCGCUCUGAGCGGCCUCACCGACGCUUGCCGGAGGCUAUCUUUCCCGGGGUAACGUGUCUCGUUUGUUGCUCGGCGUGUGUGUGGAGGGAAUACGCCGUGGAUAUCGGGGAUAUCCCCACAACUGCUAAGCCAACGUCGUUGUCCCACGCUAGCUAAGCUAGCAGGCAGCCACACGCCAAACGGGUGGGGGUGGAUAUCUACAUUUCGGCCCCAGGGAAAGUGAAUAUAAAUAACGUCUCAGGAGUGAACUGUGGAACAAUGACAGCCGUGGAAAGGAUGUGUAUUGGGGAAGAGGCUCUUGAAGGAGAAGUGUCCACCGAGGAGUAUCUAUCGCCGGGCAACUAAAGAGGUGUGAAGUGGUUCAGCUAAACGGAGCUAGUUAGCUUUAAGUGAUCAAGGAAGUUGACUAGCCACAUUAGCUAGCUCGGCGACAGAUGCGUUACCGGACUAAAGGUCGCCUCAAACGCUACGAUUUUAAGUGAAGUGUCCACACUACAGACUGACGGUGACGAUUAAUGAAAUGAGAUGAAAUUAAGAACAUCGUAAUUCACCGUUGACUCAAAGUGGAAACGCAAGCGUUAGCUAAGAAGUGUGAGCUUGUAAACAAAGGGAUCCCGAGCUCCACCUGUCUCACGAAGUAUUGUCUGUCCACUAAUUUACUGACAUGGAUUUGAAGACGGCAGUGUUUAACGCAGCCAGGGACGGUAAGCUCCGGCUGCUCCAAAAACUCUUGGAGAACAAAGAUGGACAUGAGGUAACAAAACUGAUGGGCGAGAAGACAAACGGGGCCACGCCGCUGCUGAUGGCCGCCCGUUACGGCCACCUGGAACUGGUGGAGUAUCUGCUGGAGUGCUGCUGCGCCCCUGUUGAGGUCGGUGGGUCCGUGAACUUUGACGGGGAGACCAUCGAGGGAGCGCCACCUCUCUGGGCCGCCUCUGCGGCGGGUCACCUGAAGGUUGUACAGUCCCUGCUGGGCCACGGAGCCUCAGUCAACAGCACGACGCUGACAAACUCAACGCCCCUGAGGGCAGCCUGCUUUGACGGUCACCUGGACAUCGUGAGGUACCUGGUGGAGCACAAAGCUGACCUGGAGGUAGCCAACAGACAUGGUCACACGUGUCUCAUGAUUUCGUGCUACAAGGGACACAAGGAGAUUGCACAGUAUCUGCUGGAGAAAGGUGCAGAUGUCAACAGGAAAAGUGUUAAAGGCAACACUGCGCUCCAUGACUGUGCAGAGUCGGGCAGUCUUGAGAUCAUGCGGAUGUUGCUUCAGUAUGGAGCUUCCAUGGAGCAGGAUGGCUACGGCAUGACGCCCCUUCUUUCCGCCAGCGUCACAGGCCACACUAACAUUGUAGACUACCUGACAACGCACCAACAGACAAGCCACAAGGAGCGCAUUGACGCCCUGGAGCUCUUGGGGGCCACAUUUGUUGACAAAAAGAGAGAUUUGCUUGGAGCUUUGAAAUACUGGAAGAGAGCCAUGGACCUCAGAUACAUCGACAGUAACAACGUUGUCUAUAAACCUGAACCAAAGCAGCUGAUCAUGGCCUACGACUAUGCCAGGGAGGUCACAAAUGGAGAAGAGCUGGACGGGUUGAUUUCUGAUCCAGAUGAGAUGCGGAUGCAGGCUUUGCUUAUCAGAGAGAGAAUCCUUGGCCCACAACAUCCAGAUACAUCUUACUACAUCCGUUACCGAGGUGCUGUCUAUGCCGACUCUGGGAACUUUGAGCGCUGCAUCAAUCUCUGGAAGUAUGCCCUGGACAUGCAGCAAAGCAACCUGGAUCCCCUCAGUCCCAUGACCGCCUCCAGCCUGCUGUCAUUUGCCGAGCUCUUCUCCUUCAUGCUGCAGGACAGGGCCAAGGGACUGCUUGGGACAUCUGUGUCAUUUGAGGACUUGAUGGGAAUCCUGUCCAAGAGUGUGUUGGAGAUUGAGCGGGCAGUCAAGCAAAAUGGACCAAUACCUCCUGACCCUGCACAACUCAGCAAGGCGCUGUCAAUCAUCCUGCACCUCAUUUGCCUAUUAGAGAAGGUGUCUUGUACUGCAGAGCAGGACCAUUUCAAGAAGGAAACAAUCUAUAGAUUCCUGAAGCUUCAGCCAUGCGGCAAGAAUGGCUACAGUCCACUACACCUGGCGGUCGAUCGCAACACCACUUGUGUGGGCCGCUAUCCUGUCUGCAAGUUCCCCUCCCUCACAGUCGCUUCCAUCCUUCUUGAGUGUGGGGCAGAUGUUAACAGCAGAGAUGAAGAUGACAACAGCCCCCUCCACAUAGCUGCAUCAAACGGUCACCCUGACAUCAUGAACCUGCUGAUUUCCUGUGGGACUCACUUCGACAGCACCAACGCCUUCCAGCAAACGGCCUGUGACCUUCUAGACGAGAAGGAGCUGGCCAGGAAUGUCAUCCAGCCAAUAAACCACACCACUCUGCAGUGCCUCGCCGCCAGGGCCAUCGUCAAGCAUGGCCUCAACUACCGGGGUAACAUUCCCGAGAAACUCGAGGCCUUUGUCUUGCUCCACAGAUAAUGAUCAUGAAGGAGUACACAGUAAUCUGACAGGUGAAAAGAGGUGAUUUGUGAUUACGUUGAGUGCAUUGGAUGAACAUUUAAGGUUCAACACCUGAUCUAUUUGAUGUUUGACGAUCUGAGAGACCCAAUUUUUGGUAUUCAAUGUUUGCAAAUCAGAACUAUUUGGAGAGAAUGAACUUGACCAUCCAUGUGCACAAAAUGUCCUCCUUCAACCAGGACAAUGAAGAAAACAAUUGGGAGUAAAUGGAGGAUUGAGUGACCAUUUUCGUCCUCCCUUUGCCGUUUUGUGCAGCCACAGCUCUGACCACUCGCAGCCCGACCUGUGAGGAUGUAUUAAAGUGGAUUGCAACAUGGGACAGACGCAGUUGUAUCUCUGGGUGAACUGUGCAAAGGGUUUAUGUAUUUUUGCUUCAGAAAACAUGGAUAUCUUUUUGCAUAUUCCACAAUGCUAUUUAUUGAAUGAAACUUGAGAGAUUUUUCUCCAUGCUGGCUUUAAUUCAGCCUCAACUUUGCCUGUUUUCUCUCUUCACAAAGCAAGGAUUGAGGUGUUUCUACAUAUGCUGGGACUUCAGGUUAUGUUUUUUUUUUUUUCUUUUGUCCCAUCACUGUUGCCAUCAGUCAUGGACCCUUCCGCAGUCAUCAUAUUUUUAUUUUAUUUUUGUUCUUUAACAAUGCAUUUAGUCAUUGUCGUGCAACUCGGAUAUCUGCCAAGUGAAGUGGAUUCAAGAUCCAUUUGUUGUUCCACCUUCAGUGUAUAUCAAAGCUUUAUGAGAAGGGUUAAUGUGUGUGAACACCAUAAGUGCUUUAUUCUUCCUAUGCACAGGCUAGGCUGUUGGAAAGAGUGACUGUUGUAUUUUGUGCCGGCACUUGUCUGUGCAAUAUCGCUCAUGAGUUUUUGUGUUUACCUCAUCGCUGCCGUUUUCUCCAGCAUCUCCCUGCUCUACUCGCAGAAGGUGGAGAUAUAAAAACGAUUGUUUUAAGAGUGAAUGAGUUUGAGCAAUUGUGUCUGUAUGUGUGAACAAAUGAUUGAGUGCUUCAUGGAUUGUUCCUUGUAUGCAGAGUGUUUUUUUUUUGUUUUUUUUGUUUUUUGUUUUUUUUUAGCUUACACAAACUGUUGAGGACAGGAGUUGGGUGAAGUGGCACUCGUGUAGAUUCCAUAGUGCACGACUGCCACUGAACACCGCAGCGGCCAAAGCCUAACUGUCAACAACCGCUGGAGUGUGCAGGCUUGUACACAGAAGUGACCUCUUCACGGUCAUAUGUGGCCAACCUUUAGAUGCCAUCAUUCUCCAAUGAUUCUGAUCUAAAAGAAAAAUUUGGGUUGGUUACCAACAUCGGCUCAUGUUCAGCAGCACUAUAAUUGACUCACCAGGCAGUCAUUGCAGAAAACUUUUCACGAGAACUCCUAGACUUCAAACUAGACAGAGCUAGGCCAUUUUGGCUUAUUUUGUACAAACCGUCAUCCAAUUGUACGAGAACUAGAAAGACACGAAUGAGUGGGAGGGCGUUUCGAGACGUACAAAAUAGUAAAGCUUUGUGGAUUACCUUGUUUGCACAUUAGCUUUAGACGUGUGGGUUGAAAAAAGGGCUUUUCAUAAUACACAGGAUUUCAUAUUAUCAUUAGUUUAACCUGAAAGUUUAAAACCAGACAUGGAAAAUGUGUGAGGACUCCCAGGGCAACUUGAUAUGAAUCUGCACUUUACUUCAGCGGAGUUUAAGAUUUGAUAUGGCAUUAAUCAAGAUCAUGUCUUAAUAACUAGUUUCACAAUAAACCCAUGUUGCACUUGUA